AUGGCGAGGUUCAACCUGUACUACGCCAUGAACGUCUUCAUCAUUGCCGGCGGGUCCAUCCCCAAAGGCUAUGACGAGGGAGGCUUCGCCGCCGCCUCGGGCCUCGACUCGUUCCUCAACGACUUCCACCUGGCGCGCAGCGGGCGCUGGACCAGCGCCUCGUCGCCCGCCCAGCUGGCCUCGCGCCGCGCCGUCGUCACCUCGCUCGGCGUCCUGGGCGCCGCCGCCGGGGCCGUCGUCGCGUGCCUCAUCACCGACCGCAUCGGCCGCCUGCGCGCGUGGCAGGCCUUUGCCGUCCUGUGGAUGACGGGCUUCUUCGCUGCCACCUUUGCCUCGGGCAACCUCGGCUUGUUGCUGUUUGCGCGCAUCUGGGGCGGUGUUGGGGCCGGUGGGCUGACGGUUGUCGCGCCGCUCUAUCUGGCCGAGAUUGCGCGCACUUCUUCGAGGGGCAUGAUUGUUUCCGUUUACAUGGUUAUUCUCCUGUCGUUUCUCAUGGUUGGCUUCUUCGUCAACUACGCCGUUGUCAUGACGUUGCCCUCGACGCGUGAGCAGUACCGCGUGGUGCUGGCCGUCCCCCAGAUCCCCGUCGGCCUCAUGCUCAUCGCCUCCAUCCGCCUCAAAGACACCCCCCGCUGGCUGGCGUACAAGGGCAAAAAAAGUGAAGCGGCCGAGGCGCUGGCCCUCCUGCGAGGCUUGCACGAGAAUGACCCCGAGGUAACAAGGGAGCUUCAAGAGAUUCAAAGGCAGAUCUCGGCCGAGGACCAGCUGCUGGGCGACGCGUCGACGUGGACCAUUGUCAAGGAGGUGGCGACGGAGGCGAGCUACCGGCGCCGCUUCCUGCUGGGCGUGCUGAUGCAGACGGUGGCGCAGUGGAGCGGCGGCAACGGCAUCACCUACUACAUACCCGAGAUCUUUCGGCUGGCGGGCGUCACGAGCAAGCGGAACUCGCUGGUGACGGCGGGCUCGUACGGGGCCACCAAGCUCAUCUUCACCGUCAUCUUCACGUGGGGGCUCAUCGACUACUUCGGGCGGCGGCGCUGCUUCAUGACCGGGCUGGCGCUGCAGUUCAUCACGCACGUCUACAUGGCCAUCUACAUGGCGCUGUGGCGCGACUCGGGCAACCGCGCGGCGUCGGACGCGGCCGUGGCCUCGGUCUUUGUCUACGCCGUGGGCUGGUCCAUUGGCCUCUGCACGGUGCAGUACCUGUACGGCACCGAGAUCCUGCCGACGCGCGUGCGCAGCGUGUGCUACGCGACGAACAUGGCCAUCCACUGGCUCUACCAGUUCGCCGUCGUGUGCGUCACGCCCACCCUCUUCCGCCGCCUCAACGUCUGGGGCGCCUACGUCUUCUGGGCCUGCGUCUGCGCCGUCGGGCUCGUUGUCCUGGGCUUGUGGGCGCCCGAGACCAAGGGCGUGCCCUUGGAGCGCAUGGGCGAGCUGUUCAAAGGGCCCUGGUACGAGGGCUGGCGCGCCAAAAUUUCGCCGCCGAGCGGGGACGUCCCGCUGUCGGCCUUUCGGCGCGGGGAGAGAGCGUCAUGA